AAUUCCAAAACUUGCCAAUUGCACUUUAAAAGCCAAAGAGCUCAGAACACUUGCAAUCACGUCGACUCUUUAAUCAUCCACAGUGAUUGAUCAACAAUUGGAGAUUUCUCAUUAUAUUUAUUGUAGCAAGUUCUUGUAUUUGGAGCAUUUUGAAUACAAAUAAACAAAGGUGCUGACACUUUGACCCUUGUACUCGUAAACAUCCGAAUUUUCUGCCUGGGCCCAAGAUAUGUUUUUGUAACAGCAACCAGCAUUUGUAAACCUUAAAGGCACAACGCGUUUCAAAACACACAACCACAGCUCCGAAACAACGACACAGAUAUCUACAACUUCAAGAGGCAAGGAACAAGAAACCAAACUUCCAGUAGAGGAGCCAUGAUACGCGAAAUAUUGAUCCUCGUUGUUUUGUUUGUCCAAAGCCAAUGCAAUUAUUUUCGCCUGUUUGAUUUUACGAUGAUCGAAACGGCAAAUAAGCAAAAAGAUUGGGAAUUGGACGGCUCUGGGAUGGAGAUCAAAGAAUGGCCAUCUUUCGACGAUCCAACUCAAAUUUGUGACGGGAGUAGUGAUCAAGAAAUUGAUAUUACUUUCACGGAUACGACUGGAUGCUUCAGGUUUCUAACACCUGGUUUCAAUGUUAGCGGCUACCCAAAUGGGGCAAACGGACCCUACACUUGCGAAUAUAUGAAUUCGUUUGGUAGGGUUGAUGUCUCUGGAAUAGUCACAAUUUUGGAAGAAGGAUUCGAGUUCGAAGGCCAAACUAAUGAUGGUCGAUGCCUCGAUCGCCUUGUAAUUCGUCCAGUUAACAAAGCCCCAUUGACAGGACAAGACCCGGAUCCCGAUGAUGUAGGCGUCGAAAAUACCCAAGUUCAAUUCUGCGGAACAAUCUCGUCGGACAAAGCGCGAACGUUCAAUAACCGUUUUCUUAUAAUCACCUUGAGGUCCACUCGAGGAGACAACGGCAAUGGUGCGGAAAUUACCUUGUGUUUUGAUUGAAGAGAGAAGUGUGCCAAAUUUGCUGUUAUAGUUUAGUUUGUUUCAGGUUUGGAAAUAAAAUUUUGCCUUGAAAAUAUGA